AUGCCUCCCACUCGCUCCACUAGAUCAACGAGAGCCGCAUCAUCCAGACUGACAGCACUCACCAGCACGUCCGCCAGCAUCAACAGACAAGCUUCAGACUCUCACCAUCUACGAAUCACCGUCAAAGCUCCCCCCAGCAAAUUGCGCCAGGCCAUCUCCGGCGACGACCCGGAAUCUGACUACGACUCUCCCGAGCCUCCUGCACGCACCGCCCGCUCUACCCGUAAUCCUCGCACCGUUCUCGAUAACGAGUCCGACGACGACCAAGACGACGAUGACGAAGAAGACGACGACGACGACGAUGACGCCGAAGGAGAAGACGACGACAUGGACAACACAGACAUGAUGGACCCCGAGGCCAGCGACGAAGACGCCGAUGCCGAUGCUGACGAUAUCGAAAUGGACUCUCCACACCCAACACCCUCCGUCAUUCGUGUCGCCCCAUCACUGCCUCCUGCAAAGCCAGAACAGAAGACCAAUCCCGCCGCUUCGGCCCCGGCGCGCAAGCCCAAUCUCAAAAGUGUUGAAGCCAAGGAGAUGGAAGAUGACGACGAAGACGACGACGAUGAAUUGUCCGACUUGCAGUCUGGAGACGAUGAUUUGCCUGGUGCCGAAGACGACGAAGAAGACCUUGACAGCGACCUCGAGGGCGAGGACGGCGAUGCGACUCUGGACUUGACCAAAUUGACUCGUCGCCAACGUGCAGUCUACGAUGAAGAGCAGGAUGCGAGUCUCAUGGCUCUUUCCAACGAGGCACAGAAGAAGAAACAUCUCACGGCUGAGGAACACGCCAUGCGCAGAGCCGAGAUGGCGAGACGAAGGAAGAAUCUAUCCGAGAAACGUAAUGAAGAGGAAAAGAUGGAUACCAUUAACAAGCUGCUCAAGAAACCGGCCACCAAGCGUCGGACUCGCGCAGAGAUUAUCGCUGCCCAGAGUGCUGCAGAUGGAACUCCAGUAUACACGGAAGAUGGCGAGGAGUACUUCCACCCUGCCAAUCCCCUCUUUGUUCGUUAUGUCAACAACAAGGAUGGCAGCCGCGUGGGUGUACCGUCAGAAUGGCUAGAAGAAGGGCAGCCUGUCGGACAAGUAUUGCGUAAUGGCUGGGAAGCACCUCCUAAGAUGGUUGAGGAGGUGUCGUGA